AUGGACAAGAAACCUGCUGGAAUCUCCACCUCUCUUCUAUCUUCCAAUGCCCCGCCCUCCGAAGCGGAUGCCGCCUCGCUGCAUAUCGUCCUUGCACACCUGGGAAAGCAGCUAGCAGGCAUCGACGAAUCCAUCGCGCGGCUUCAACUACACCUGCGUGAGCUUCAGAAGACAAGGCAAGGCGUUCUGGAGGAUGUGAAACGGGUUCGAACGGUCUUGUCGCCGAUCCGCCGCCUCCCACCGGAGAUCCUGUGCGAUAUAUUCGCGCUUUGCAUCCCGAGCGAAACAUCGACGUCCUUCCGAGGAAAGCACUUAAAGUUCCCUUGGGUGGCAACACGCGUCUGCCGGUCGUGGAGGGACGCUGGUGCGGCCAAUGCGGCGUUUUGGUGUCGCGUUGAUUCGGGAACGCCGCUCCCCGUCGUACGGCUGCAGCUUGAGCGGUCUAGACAGUGUGCGCUGGAUAUCGAUGUCGGUUUUGCGGACUGCGAGAUCCUGGGGCUGGUGGCCGGGCAUUCUGAGCGAUGGGAGACGGUGUCAAUUGCCGCCAGUGCGAAUAUGCUACCGAUUCUCGAUAGCGUCAGGAACCGUAUCCCCCGGCUUCGCUGGCUGCUGUACAUCGACAGCACAGGUGUGGGCGAAUGCUGGGGUUUCUCAGUGGCCCCCUUACUGACGAGCGCGUUCGUGCUGGGGAAAACGAGGAUGGUGCAUCUUCCAUGGGGUCAACUCACGCGACUUCGGCAACGGAUCCCGCACGACGAUUUCUCGCAGCUGCAGUCGGCCUCAAAUUUGGUCGAGCUGUCACUGACGAACACAGUAUCGCUUUCGCUGCUCGUUGCUCGCGCAGAAGGCACAUUGAGCCCGUCCAUGGUCACGUUCCCGCUUCUCGAGCAGCUAUCCGUCGAAGAUACAAGCUGCUUGGACAUGCUAUCGACGCCGAGUCUUCAAGACCUGUUUCUCGUGGGGGCGGAGCACGGGGAGCUCGUCCCAUUCGUCGCUAGAUCUGGAUGCCAGCUCCACAUUCUGCGAUGCGGCAAGGGACUCGAGCUUGACUCGAUAUCAGCCUGUCUUCCCACUCUGGAGGAGCUUCAUUUGGGUUCUCGUCCCGGCUUCAGCGUGGCUAAUCUGAUCCAACUUCUCCGCCCCGGUGGCGCAUCUGGAAACCGGGGCCCAAAGUUGCACACUCUCACUCUCAGCGACGUCGACAUCUCUGGAUUGUAUGAGACAUUGACGGACAUGGCACUGAGCAGGAUUAGGGCCAGUCCGAACUCGCUUUGUUUGACGAUACUGAACACGACACAAUCGGCAUUGCGCUUCGAUUCUGACGCGCUGCACGUUUGGCAGAGCAUGCUGUUGAGAGAAGGGGUGCGUGCUGAGUGGCUGGAGGGAAGGGGAUCCAAGCAGAGGAUCAAGACAUGGGCCGAGGACUAUCCUUGA